UUCGGCAGGCUUCAGACAGAUCAUGUCGCGUUUCCGCUAGCUCGCUCACCUUGACGUUGGCAGAAGAGAGGGAGGGAGGAGGGAUAAGGAGAGAGAGAGAGAGAGAGAGAGAGAGAAGUGCAAUCUGAGUCACACUUAGCUCUGCACGGCACGGUUGGCGCACACUCACCCUGUGUGUGCUGGAGAAAGUGACCUCGGGAAAUCGGAAGGCACGGGCCACGCCGCGAAAGGGAAAGGACAAAAGGAUUUCGUUCCAUAUUCCUCUGUCUUCCUGCCCUCCUACCUGUGAUCACUCGGAACUUCCGCAACACCUGAACGACGCUGCCGGAGAGGAAGAAGGGAGAGGUCAGAGGUAGGAUUUCCUACGAGCCGAGGGAAACUUUACAGCGGCACCAUUUCGCCGGCGAUCUUUCUCAACUUCGCAACUCCUGAGGGAGCGGGGAGCCCCAUGGAGAUCGGGGUGGAGGAACCGGUUGCCGAAAGGUUUUAAGGUGAAUUCACUCCUCGCUCGUCGCUGUUUCCUGCGAGAGCUUGGGCUUGACUCUCUGGCCGACUAUUAACUGUUCCGGUUUCCCGUGUAAUGGGGAACCAAGUGGAGAGACUUACGCACUUGAGCUACGACGAAGUUCCCACGGCUGACCCGGCCGGCGGUGACCGGGAGGAGCCGGGACCGCGCAUCGGGGUCUCCUACAUCUUCUCGGUGGACGAGGACGAUUUGGAGGAGCCGGUGGCGAGCGAAACGCGAACGGGAGAGAUCGAGGAGAGCAGUUACGAUGCGCGCAACGAAGUAGAGUGUUCGGUCUACUACAGGGACCAGUGCAUCUACGAAAAGAGGGGCAAUAUCGGCAAGAGCGAGGAAGGCGGAGGGGCCGACCUGUCUACGCAGCCCCCCGAGACACUGCUUAAUAAAUGCAAACCCGGCGACCUGGUGGAAUUCGUGGCAAAGAACCAGUGCCCGCACUGGGCCGUUUACGUCGGCGACUUCCAAGUGGUGCAUCUGCACAAAGCGGAGAUCAAGAACGAUUUCUUGACCGACGCAAGCCAGGGCAGGAGGGGCCGACUGGUUAACCACCUGUACAAGUUCAAAGCCCGGCCUCCGGAGAGCGUGGUGCAAUGCGCCUUGCAGCAGGUGGGACUCAAGGAGGUCCAGCUGAUCUGGAGGAACUCGGAGUGCUUCGCCGCCUGGUGCCGGUGCGGCAGGAGAGAGUUUAAGGCAGGGGGCGAACUGAGAAUCGGUAAGCAGCCUUACCGCUUGAAGAUCCACCUGAGCGACAAGGUGAGUCACACGCUGGAAUUCCAGAGUCUGGAGGACCUGAUCGCCGAGAGGAGGAGGAGCGACCAACUCGGUAAAGUGGCCCUGAUGCAAGAACUAGCUACACAUCUGCAGACGGAGGAGCAGCACAGUACUGAACUUGACGCUCAAUGAAAGCGGGUUUAAAAGCCAGCCAUUCUCACCGAACAUUAAGAGGGCGCAGGAUAAUGCGUCUGGUAGUUACAUUCCAUUACCACCCCAGGGGAAACUGACAUUAAAUUCUUGGGCAAGUCAGGAUGGAGAAAGAUUUGGUUUCCUGGGUCUUGGGUGCUUGCUGUUAACUUGGCUACCGCCCACACGAGUUGCAAAACGGGGUUAAAAGUCGUUCUGCACCCGAACUGAAACGUAAAAAAAGACACAAUCGUCCUUCAAGCAGCCAGUUCGCCAGUUCUUUCCCUCCCUCCCUUUCUACCGCCCAAGCGGCGAGGUGCUUUCUGAGACCGGGAACAGACUCAUCUCCAAUCAGGGAAGGCUGCCGGGGUCAAUGGAGCUUUCAACCUGUAGAGAAAAGUUUAACGAACUCAAUGAAUGACUUUUAUGCUAAUAGCAUUAAGUUGAUCGGGAGAUGGGUCGAGGUUAUAAAAUGGAAGACGGGUAAACACUUGAGAAGACUGAACAAUGAUCUUAAUAAUCGCAGGGAGAAGUGAUUCAGUGAACUGCAUCAUUCGCCAAAUACACUCUCUCCUGUGCUUUUUGAAACAUAGAGACUUUUUAUAUGGUUGAUUUGAGAAAUAGUACUCAAUAGAUUUUAUUUUCUUAAAUUUGAUUUAAAAGCCACUACUGAUCUAGGCUGGUUUCUAGUGUUUCUGCUAUCACGGAGAGAAUGUCCAUAACUCUUGCAUAUCUUUAUUGAAAUUGAAUUAAAUAUUUUUAUAAUGAUAUUUUUGAAUUAACGUGCACUGUUAUGCACAACUUUUUUUCACCUGCCUUAAUGUUGGUGUGCAUAACAUGUUAGCAUUUAGAAAGGUUCUAAACAUUUAGAGAAUACACAGACUAUGUAUUGAUUAUGUCUUAAUGAGCACUUGUGUUAACAGCGAAACCAUGUAUUAAAAACGAUGAAUUACAUGGUUUUUCUCGUGAGAAUCUUUAUAUUGCAGCACUUUAAAGGGUAGAAGUCAAUUGUCAGGAAACUUUCUAUAACUCACUACCUCUCCUUGAAGUGGUGUCUGACCAUUACUUAACACAAUAAGGUGCCAGGCUCAUGAAGAUACUUAUAACAGUGGCAAGGGGGGCACAGGGGGUAUCCCUCCCUGCAUAUACACUCAGUGGCCACCUGCACACCAGCUUGUUAGUACAAAUAUUACAUCAGCUAAUCAUGUGGCAGUGACUCAAUGCAUAAAAGCAUGUAAGUGUGGUCAAGAGGUUCAGUUUUUGUUCAGACCGAACAGAAUGGAGAAGAAAUGUGAUCUAAAUGACGUUGACUGUGGAAUGACUGUUGGUACCAGAUGGGGUGGUUUGAGUAUCUCAGAAACUGCUGAUUCCUGGGAUUUUCACUCAUAGCGAUCUCUAGAGUUUAUGGAGAAUUGUGUGAAAAAAAUAAAAGCAUGCAGUGAGUGACAGUUUUGUGAGUGAAAGUAGCUUGUCAAUGAGAGUGGCCAGACUGGUUCAAGCUGACAGGAAGUUCAGAGUAACUCAAAUAACUACACAUUACAACAGUGGUGAGCAUCUCUAAAAGCACAACACGUCAAACCUUGAAGUGGAUGAGCGACAGCAGCUGAAGACCAUGAAGAUAUACCCAGUGGACACCAAUAAGAGUGUCCACUGAGUGUAUAAUGUGCACCUGCCCCUCCAAAACCAAUAAAAUUCAAUUUCUGAACCUGUUGUGUAAUAAAAUACUUGAAUGCUCCUGAUAGAAUAAAAAUCUUGCUUCAGCAGUGGUUUCCUUUGUUAUGGUAUAAAAAAUUAUUAGCCGGAUCAGUGAGACAUUUGAAAAAUGAAUCAAAAAUAUAGCCACCUCUUGUUAUGACCAGUAAUUGUCUCAGGUGAAUUGAACAGUUUCACAGAAGAGGAAGAUCUACUCUACUGUGUGCUGGCUUAGUUAUUCUUAGUCAGCAGAACAGAUAAGAGCAUGUGGGUAAACACUUCGAAAAAAUUCUAAUUCAGGAAGGUCACUUGGAGAAAUCAUGUGCAAUUACAACCUGAUGUUGUCAGGCCUCAGGUAUGGAGUGUGGACCUGUGAAUGGGUUUCAGAAAUCACUGAAGCACUGCCACAACAAAGCAGCACCACUAUCAAGGACGCUGACCAUCUAGGCCAUGCUGUCUCCUCACUGCUGUGGUCAGGAAGGAGGUACAGGACCCUUUAAGCCCCACACCACCACAAACAGCUAUCAGGCUCCUAAACAAGUAUGCAUUACUUCAGGCACCUCAACACUGAACCAAUUCCACAGCCAAUGGUUUCACUUUCAUGGACUCUACAACUCAUGUUCUCGGUAUUAUUUAUUACUGAUUAUUAUUUUGCAUUUGCACAGAUUGUCUUCUUUUGCACAUUGAUUCAAAGUGUGCAUAUGUCACCAAAUACUAUGCUGAGGUUCAUUUUCUUGCAGGCAUUUACAGUAGAACAAAACACUGCAAUUGAAUUGAUGUAAAACUGCAGACAAAGGCUAACGAACAUCCAAUGUGCAGAAGAAGACAAACUGUGCAAAUACAAAAAAAAUCAAAUCAUAAUAAUAAAUUAAUUAUCAAGAGCCUGAUCAAGUCAAGUUUAUCGUCAUUUCGACCAUAAGCUGCUGGUACAGUACACAGUAAAAACGAAACAAUGUUCCUCCAGGACCCUGGUGCUACAUUAGACUACAGACCUACACAGGACUACAUAAAGUGCCCAAAACAGUGCAAAGCAGUACAAUAAUUAAUAAACAAGACAAUAGGCACAGUAGAGGACAAAUUACAAUAUAAUAAAUGAUGUAGAUGUCAGUCUAGACUCUGGGUAUUGAGGAGUCUGAUGGCUUGGGGGAAGGUACUGUUGCACAGUCUGGUCGUGACAGCCCGAAUGCUUCAGUGCCUUUUGCCAGAUGGCAGGAGGGAGAAGAGUUUGUGUGAGGGGUGUGUGGGGUCCAUCACAAUACUGUUAGCUUUGUGGGUGCAAUGUGUGGUGUAAAUAGUUGUAGGGUAAUAAUUGCUCCUGAACUUGAUGGUGUGGGACCCAAGGCUGCUGUACCUCCUUCCUGAUGGUAGAAGUGAGGAGAGAGCAUGGCCUGGAUGGUGGGAGUUCUUGAUGACGGAUGCUGCUUUUUGUGGGCCGCAUAUAAAUGUGCUCAAUGGACGGAUCUGUAUCCACCAGUUACUGUAGACUCUUCCAUUCCUGGACACUGGCCUUUCCAUAUCAGGCUAUGAUAUAACCAGUCUUGUCACCCUCCACUGUACAUCUAUAGAAGUUUAUGCAGUGUUGGAAGGACAUGGCUUGAGAAGGAGGGAAGAUUUUAAAAUAUUUUUAUGGAUGUAAAUGAGUUAAAUCUGGUCAUAACUAUCUUUCAUUAAAACGCUCUUCUUGAAGGAUUGUUCUGGCGUUUAUGUCCAGUCAUGAGGUUUGAUUAUGAGCACUUGAAAUAACACAUCAGUUGACCAGUGUGAAGAUGUUGAAGAACUAUCUUUAAGAUGCAUUUGUAUUUAAAGGCAUCUGCUCUUUGAAAUGCUUAUCUACUACAAAUUCAAUCCCACUGCUGUGUAGAGUAUUGAAAGCUUGCUGCUCUGAUGGAGCCAGAGCAUAACUCAUUAGUAAAAGAAAGCAUUACAUUUAUGUACGAUUUGCUUUUACAAUUGUAGGGUGUUGCUAAUCUUUUCUCAACGAUAUACUACUUUUUAAACUGAAUUGUUUCAGAAUCAGGUCUAAUAUCACUGAUGUAUAUCGUGAAAUUUGUUGUUUUGCAGCAACAGUGCAGUGCAAGACAUAAAACAUAUGAUGAAUUACAACAAGAAAUAUACACUCAGUGGCCACUAUAUUAGGUACCAUCUGCUGCCUUUGAUCAGCUUGGAUCAGUCUGGCCAUUCUCCUCUGACCUCUCUAAUUAACAAGAUAUUUUCACCCACAGAGCACCCACUCACUGGAUGUUUUGUUUUGUUUUUCACAGCUUUCUCUGUAAACCCUAGAGAAAAUCCCAGGAGAUCAGCCAUUUCUGUGAUACUCAAGCCACCCCAUCUAGCACCAGUACUCAUUCAUUCCAUGGUCAAAGUCACUUAGAACACAUUUCUUCCCCAUUCUGUCAUUUGGUCUGAAUAACAAGUGAACCCCUGGACCAUGUGUGCAUGCUUAUUUGCACUGAGUUGUUGCCACAUGAUUGGCUGAUUAGAUAUUUACUUUAAUAAGGCAUAGCUAAUAAGUGACCACUAAGUGCAUAUCAUAAAAUGUGUUGUUUUGCAGCAGUAGUAAGUGUGUUGUAUAUAAAUAUACUAUAAAUUACAAUAAGAAAUAUAUAUUAAUAACUAGUGCAAAAAGAGAGCAAAAAUAGAGAGGUAGCAUAUAUGGGUUUACUGUCCAUUCAGAAAGCUGAUGGUGGAGGUGAAGAAGCUGUACCUAAAAUGUUAAGUAUAGGUUCUUGUGCCUCCUCCCUGUUGAUAGUACUGGUGCAGCAGAGGAAAUCAGACAGGCUACUCUUGCAUGAGGCAGCAUGGUAGUGUAGUGGUGAGCACAAUGCUCUAUAGUACCAGGGAGGGACCCUAGUUCAGUUCCUCUGGCUGCCUGUCAGGAUUUUGCCCGUUUGCUCCGUGACUGUGUGGGUUCCUUCCAGGUGCUCUCGUUUUCUCCUGCACUCCAAAGACCUGCCAAUUGGUAGGUUAAUUGGUCAUUGUAAAUUGCCCUGUGAUUAGGCUAGGCUUAAACAGGGAGAUUACCAUGGCUCAAAGGGCCAGAAGGGACUAUUCUUUGCUGUAUCUCAAUAAAUAAAUAAAUACCAAAUUUCCACAGUGUGUGAUAAUGACACUAAUCUGUUUGAAUACUAUUGACUGAGGCCAGAUUUGGUGGAGAUUCUCUCCUCUUUGAUUCAUGUCUUGAGAUCCACUGAAGAAUAAAAGCAGAUUUUCAGCUUCUCAUUCCAGAUAAAGAUUUGAGGACUGGGCAGAUCAACCAUGAUCACAUUGAAGGCAGGUCAUACUUGAAGGGUGGUGUGGUCUAUUUUUUCUCCUUUCUAUCUGAGGUUCUUUUAGAUUGAUGUAUAAUGUUAAUGUUCCUAUAUGCUUAACACAUAAGUAGUGUUUGAUGACUCGGCCUGUACUCAGUGGAGUUCAGAAGAAUAAAGUGGGAUCUCAUUGAAACCUAACAAAUACUGAAAGGCAAACAACAGGAAUUCUGCAGAUGCUGGAAAUUCAAGCAACACACAUAAAAGUUGCUGGUGAACACAGCAGGCCAGGCGGCAUCUCUAGGAAGAGGUGCAGUCGACGAUUCAGGCCGAGACUAACUGACGAAGGGUCCCGGCCUGAAACGUCGACUGCACCUCUUCCUAUAGAUGCUGCCUGAAAUACUGAAAGGCAUGGGUAGAGUGGAUAUGAAGAUGAUAUCUCCAUUAGUGGGAUAGUGGGAGAGUCUAGCGUCCAAAAGUACAGCCUCAGAAUAAAGGGACAACCACUUAAAACUGAAAUGAGGAGGAAUUUCUUCAGCUACAGAUUUCUUCAAAUUCCUCUACUACAGCAGAACUACCAUGAGAGAGGAGGUACAGGAAGCCAAAGGCACACACUCAAUGUUGAGGAACAGCUUCUUGCCCUCCACCAUUUUCGGGCCAGAGUGUGGUGUAUCUAAGGAGUUAAUUACACACAGAGUGCAAUAGAGCCAAGUCAUUGGCUGUAUUUAAAGCAGAAUUUCAUAGAUUCUUGACUGGUAAGGGGGUUUAGGGUUACAGGGAUGGGAGAAUAAGGUUUAGAAAUGAUAAAUCUGCCAUGGCCUAAUUUUGCUACUAUAUCUCAUGUUUAAUGUCUUGUCCAGAAAACACCCCGAGUACAAACCAUUCCCUGGGUACCACGGCAAAGGGUGAGGAAGUUUGCUGCAAUGGUGCUUGAACGUGUAACCGUUGGGUUCAGCUUGGGUAUAAUAUUGAAGACCCUACUGAAGUCCAACCCAAUCAAAGGGAAACCAAACCCAACCAGACCCUAAAUAAUUAUAUUUUGCAUCCCUGCCCUGGCCCCUUCUAGACCCAUUUUGAGAAAGACAAAGGAAAUUCAUAAGCUGCCAUACUGACAUUGGUACUGAUAGUGGGGAGUCUAGGAUCAGAGGGCAUAACGUCAGAAUAGAAUGACAUCCUUUUAGAACAAAUAUAAAAGGAAUUGCUUCAGUCAGAGGCAGUAAGUCUGGAAUUCAUUACCACAGACAGUUGUGGAGGCCAAAUCAUUCAAAAUAUUAAAGGUGGAGGUUGAUAGGUUCUGAUUAGUAAGAACACCAAAAGUAAUGGGGAGAAGGCAGGAGAAAGGGGGUGAAAGGGAUAAUAACUCGGCCAUGAAUGAAUGGUAGAGCAGACUCAAUAGGCUGAAUGGUCUAAUUCUGCUCCUGUGUCCUAUGGACUUGUGCUCAGAGAACACAUGAGGUCCUGCUAAGCAAAUUCAGCCAGACCCAACAAAAAUUCAAAUAUCCAGUUAGAGUAUACAUCUGACUCAAAUCAAAUGCAUAUAGAUGGCAUCAAAGAGCAGGGCACAAGGGACUGAAUUAUGAAUAGACAAUGGGCUUUUAAGCUGUAAAGAGUGUAGAAAAAAAUUACAAGGAUGUUGCCAGGACUAAAUGGACAGAAUUAUAGGGAGAGACAGACAGGCUGGAACUUUCUUCCUUGAAAGAUAAAACUAUAGAUUAGUUUUAUUUGUCACAUGUACAUCAAAAUAUGCAGUGGAAUCUGUCAUUUGUGUCAAAUCACGUCAGCAAGGGUUGUGUUGGGACAUGCAUCUGGCACCAGCAUUGUAUGUCCACAGCUGACUAACCCUGACCAAAUGUCUUUUUGGAAUGUGGGUGGAAACUGGAGCAUCUGGAGGAAACACGUGUGUCACUGAGAGAAAGUACAAUCUCCUUACAGUCAGCGAUGGUAAUCAAAACCAGAUCCGACAUCUGGGUGUGCUUAACCACUAUGCUACCGUGCUGCCUGUGUAGAUUGAGGGAUGUAGGUGUAUAUAAUUAUAAGGGAGGGUGAAUACACGCAAUCUUUUGCAACCCAGGGUUGGGAAACUGAGAACUAGAGGGCACUGGUUUCAGGUGAGAGAUGGGAAAUGUAAUAAGAAGCUGAGGGAUAAGUUUUCACACAUGGGGUGGUCCAUAUAUAAAACAAGCUGCCAGAGGAAGUUGUUGAAGCAGGUACAUUAACAACAUUUUUAAAGCUGUAUAUAGGAAAGGUUUAGAGAGAUAUGGGACAACCCCAGACAAAUGGGACUAGCUUAGGUUGGAAUCUUGGCUGGCAUAGAUGUAUUGGGCCAAAGGACCUGUCUCCGUUCUCUGUGAUAGUCUGACUGUAAAUCAGAAAUAAAGUCAGAACACAGAACAUGGAACAUAUAACUUCACAGCACAGUACAGCCCCUUCAGCCCACGAUGUUGUGUUGACCUUAGAAACCUAUUCUGAGACAAUCUAACACUUCCCUCCUACAUAGCCAUCCAGUUUUCUAUCACCCAUGUGCCUAUCUUAAGAGUUCAAAUAUCCCUAAUGUAUCUGCCUCUGCCAUCACUUCUGGCAAGGCAUUUCAUGCACCCAUCACUCAUGAGUACAUAAAUAUACUGGAAAUAUUCAGUGUGUCAGACAGCAUCUGUGGAGAUGGAAAUACAAUUAGCAUCUCGGAUUAAUAACUUUUUAUCAGUACAAGUUCUGGUGUAAGAUUAUUGGCCCAAAAUGCUAUCUCCAUAUCUCUACCCACAAAUGCUGCCUGACCUGCUGAAUAUUCUUUGUAUUUUCCAUACUUUUCAAUAGAUAAUCAGCUUUUGUAGAGCUUUGGUCAAGUACCCAAGGGCGACCUUAAGUUAAGGCUGGAAUUGUUGACUAUCUGUAGCUCCUCCUGUAACCUGAAAGCUCUGAGCAACACAGUGGGAAGGAAAUCAUUUAUCAGGCAUAGACAUUGCUAGGUGGGAAUUCUGUGGCUGCUCUGCCCACCAGCAGAGUUCCCUUUGGUCACCUUGUGUCUACACUGCCAUUUGAGUUGGGAGGGCUGUAUUUGGAGGAAGAGAUGAAAAUGAUUUAUUUUGCUGUUUCACAAACAUUGGUUUGUUUAUGUUCAGUCUGCCACUGACUUUGCAGAUAUUCCCAGCUGCAGACUGUAGAUAUAAAUGGGCUAUCAAGCCACAGGGAGUUUUCAUGGUAAGUGCUUCCCCUUUGUCCUGAAUUUUGUGGUCAGAUUUAGAUCAGCCCUAAUCCACGAUUUAUGGUAGAAAGGGACACUUCUGAUCAGAUCUGAAAUAACAUUGUGAUUCACAAAACCAUCCCACGAGAUUAAAGCUCUCUGCCACAUCAAAGUAAGGAACAGCAACAGAGGAAGCACUGUAGUUUUGUUUUCAAAUUUGUAUAGGGAGUAGUCAUUGAGAUCUGUGAAACCACAACAAAGUGAGUGGGUAGUCAGUCUGAAGUAUAAAGGUUGACAUUUCUAAGCCUGUUGUCAGUUCUUAACCUGCAAAUCAAUGCAAUUCAAUCUGUUAAUUACAUUGUUUAAUGCCACUGCACGGAAUGAUGUGAAGAUUUUGUAAGCAGGCUACCGUUUCAUAAAGAAGUUCAUAAUAUCAAGGGGUUAUGUUAGGGGAACACAAUGUACAUCAUCCCACAGUAGUCUGAACAGAUACAGUAAAGACAAAGUACAGAGAUCAAGUAGGUAAUAGCUAUUUAUUGAAUUUACAGUCUGCACUUUCAUGUCAGACAGUCUUUUAACAAACAUCUACAAUAACCACUGAAGCAGGAAACCCUAAUAUGCAUGCCUUAUAACUUUGAGCAAGUGAGGGGUAAACUGUUUUUUUACACACAAAAGGUGGUGAACAUUUGGAACAAAUUGCUAGAGAGACAUACAACAUUUAAAGUGGGUUAGUACAAGCCUAAUGGUAUGGACGUGAAGAGGCACAGUAGUCAGCAUGGAGAAGCUGGCUGAAAGGGCCUGGUUUCUGUGCUGUUCCUUUCUAUUAUUCUAACAAAUCACCUAAGGAAGCCUUCUUAAAUAGGAAGGAAAUAAUCAGGCAAGCAAAGCUAAUUUAUAGACCAGGUGAAAAUAUAAAUCUGUCUGGGCUACUAAGCAAAUGGAGACGACUUAAAUCUGGGUCCUAAAUUUCUACUUGUUUUUUUGUCAGCUAGUUUUUUCUUAAACCAGAUUUUGUUUGUGUUUAUGACUAAAGUCUCCUGGUACUUGUAAAAUGACUGUGCAACCACUCAUCCACCAGCCUCAUAUCAACAAUUUCUAAUGCCCAUUGUAGGAAGAAACUAACUGUGGGCCAUGAAAGCAUCUCAUAUUUGUUCAGUAAUGCCCUUUUAUGAUCUCAUGAUUCCAUUAACUGAGACACCUCAACCGUACCUGCCAUUAAUAUUCAUUCAAACUUAUAUUACAAUUUGCACAGACUCUGAUAACUCCUGGACUAUCUAAAUUAAUUCAAACAAAGUGAUGAAUUAACCAAGAUUAUUUCAACAUAAUUUAUGCUUGAAUACAAUGAUCACAAUUGCAGCAUUGAUAGGUUCAUGUAACUUAUUUGAAUUCCUGAUUGUGAAAUGCUGAGAGAAAGUGAAUUAAAAAAAUAAAUAUUAAUUUGGUCUGUGUUUGUACAGGUGUUUUAUAUUCCGUCUUUGUCUCUCCUGGAUUGAAAAGAUUUAAUUUUCUUUCAGGUUUCCACAUAUGAUUUCAAAUCUCAAUUUCUGACAAUUCUCAUCACAUAUGAAGUGCUAGUAGUGUUAUACUGUUUACUUUUAACUUGCAUAUGCAUCUUAUUAUUUGAUAAUUUAUUUGUGGUAUUAUGUAUUUCUUUAUGUAUUAUGUAUGUGAUUAUAUGUAUUACAUUGUGCACCUUGGGCAUCGUUUCAUUUGGCAGCAUACAUGUGUACAGUUGAGUGACAAUAAACCGAACUUGAACUUCAAAAAUGUUGAAAUCAAAAAUCCUGUAACAAAUUUGUUGUCAGAAUUGGCGAGUGCUUUCAUGAACAAUUUUCUAUCAGAAGCCUAACUUUGUGAAAGUUUAGGGCUGAAGGUCACAUUCUUUGCAGAACUUACCAGGUCAGAUCUGUUUACAAAUCCCAGCAUGCAGCAUUCUGAGCAUGUGCAGUGUGGAAAAGUCUUUUAAUGGGGUUGGAAGAAUUAGACUUCGGUUAGUCAUGGCAUUUAUCAGAAAGAAGGCUGUUGGAAUUUAUCUUCAAAAACAGCUAAAAGGCAAAUAUUUAUGAAGAUCUUUAUAGAGAUAAUAUUUCACAAAGGAAAAGAAAGCUAUAAUUAAGUUAUUAUUGUACUGCAGAAAUUUGCUCGUUUU